UCGAAACAAUACGCGACGAAAUAAUACUUGACGAAAACAUGAGCUAUUGCUAUAGCUGUAAUAUAAAACAGUCACAGGAUUAAACGUAAUUAUUUGGAUAAAAGUUUGUCCUCUUACACUAGAGUAAAUUACGUGUACGAUUACCCGUACGAAAGAAAUGAUCUGUCCCACACCAGACCACCACAGGAAAAUGGCGACUGUGAAAUAGAUGGAAGACGAAAGUAAGAAAUUAUUCAAUGCAGCGUAUAAAUUGCGCCCUGUUUUCAUCCACACCGCUCAGAGGUCAUGGCAGCAGAAAUGUCAUGUCUGACAGGUGUUGAUGAAGAUGACAAAGAUGCAGAUCCUGAGAUCAAUGCCCUCACACUCCUACAGGAACCAGUGAGAAUGGCGCAAGAAUCCGCUGCUUGCACUGAUUCCUUUGGCAAGCCUUCCCCAAAACAAAACAAUGUCCUUGAUGUUCUGUCGAAUGAAGAUAUGUUGUCUCCGGUUGGCUUGGGAAAUGGACCUUCUUCCCAUCAGGCUACACAAGCCCAUGAACUAAAUAGCAUUUCCUCUGAAAAAGAGGAGGAAAAGAGUAUCACGCCUCUAAAAACUGUACAUGAAAUCGACACUGCAGGAAUUUGGGGAUUUGAUGAGUCACCUGAGAACUCAUUGGAUAAUUUCAGUAGCACCAGUGACCUAAAUUGGGACCCACACAAAGAGUUUAUGCAGUUUCUUUGGGAAAACCAUAGUGAUUCCCCUGGUGAGGAGACUAAAGAGGAAGUCUCUCCUGCUAAUAGCCAAAGGAGAAGGAAACGGAAAAUGGACAUGGUUGUGAUGGUAGAUCCUUCAGAAGACCUUUACCCUGAAUUGAGCCCCAAGUCAUCUGAGGAACUGUCUGAGGCUGAAGGCCAAGAAGAUUCCAUUCCUGUCAGAAAAGUCAGAAAGUCAAGGAAAUUCUCUAAGUCACAGUCAUCACCAACAGGAAAAGUUUCAAAGUAUCCAAAUGGAACAGUAAAGGCCAUCAAGGAAAUUCUUUACAAUGGACCUUCAAGGAAUUCACAUGAGAACAACAUGAAACACGGACUUUCUCCAUUGAAGGGAAGACUCACAAUAAAUUCUCAUUCAGAGGGGAAGCCGUCCUGUUACCCAUGCUCAAAAUGUAAACUUAUAUUUAAGAAAGAACAUCAUUUGCAUCGUCAUAUGAAGUCUCAUGUUGAACCUCCCAAUAUUUCACCAAAGCCCUUCAUAUGCCGAGAGUGUGGCCAGUCUUUCAGACAAAGUGGUUUGCUUAUUGACCACAUGUCCAUCCAUAAGGACAAGAGAACAAGACUUACUGAAGAGAUCAAAGGUGUGAAUGAUCGGAAAAAAGAUGAUAAAAACGCUAAGUUUUUCUGUCCUCAGUGUCCAUUUGGAACAAAUUGCCCAAACACAUUUGUUCAACAUGCAAAGACACAUGAGAAGGACAAGAGAAAGUUUAGAUGUGACAAAUGUAGCUUCAGGACUCUUAGUGAAAAUGACCUUAGGAGACAUGACAUUAUGCAGCACACUGUUAUUACGGUUAGAAAGCAAGUGCAGGAGGAUGAUCAUGGAAUAUUCUCAUGUGAUAUUUGUUCUUAUAGAGCUUUUAGCAAAACUGUUUUUAAGAAUCACCUUCUCAGACGCCAUCAACAAAGUUUUGAAGAAUAUGAAGCCGCACAGCAUAGAGAGAAAAACGCACAACUAGGUAAGGAGCAGCAAGUGCCUACUUGUAAAACUCCUGUCGAAGAUGCAGAGUUUACAUCUAAAAUCUCUAUCAAAAAUCAGAUUGCCUCUAAAAGAGCUUGUUCACCUAAUGGGUCCAGUGACAUUUCAGACUUAUUCAGAAAUAGCAAGCUUAAGAGAGGCCCCAGGUCUCAAGUAACAGAGUCAAAACUGGACAAAUCUAUUAAUGUUCUCCUGUCUCGACAAAGACAUGGAAAAAAGAGUUUAGAGCAGAAGAAGGAACGCAAUAAUUGUAGUAAACCUGUUGAGCACAGUGACAAAGAUGGUUGUGAUGAGUUGCUUGAAACAUUGACAGUCAAGGAUGAAGAAUCAACUUUAUCCCCAAAUGGCUCCAGUGUGACUAUAGAUCCCUCGACAGUCAAAAAGACACCAUCUAAAAGAAAGAUGUCCACCCCAUAUCGCAACACCUCCGACCAAGACUCAUGCUUUAUCUUACCAAAACCUUUGCCAAGUCCGAAAAAAGUCAAUCCUGAAGAAGUGGCCAACUAUGAUGAAAGGGAUAUUUUCCAGUUUAAAGAUACAGAUGCAAACAGUAACCUUUCUGACAAUGGCAUCAAAAAAGAAAAACAAAACAUCAUUUACACAUAUAGCAGAAGAAUGUCUAUGAGGGGUGCCCUUCAAGCAUCUAAAAGGCUUUUUGAGAAGAUAAAGACUGAAGAGCAAGAGCAGACUGACCCUGAAAUCAAAGAAGAAUGCAUAGAAACAGAAGUGUUUCAAGAAACCUUUGAAGCCCACCAAAUACCAUUGGGAGAGUCCUUCGGAGAUGAUUUGUCAGAGUUGGAAUCGGACCGCAAGAACUGUCCUUAUUGUCCUGCAGUAUUUGAGUCAGGUGUUGGAUUGUCAAAUCACGUCCGAGGGCAUCUUCAUAGGGUAGGGCUCAGCUACAAUGCGCGCCAUGUUGUGCCUCCUGAGCAGGUGGCUUGUCAAGACAGAAGGCCGCGAAUUCGACGGAAGAUGUCAGCAUUACGCCGAUUGAAAAAAGCAUUACAGCUAGAGUCAAACUCUGAGACCGUGAAGAGCAUUCAUUCUUGUCCCUUAUGUGGGGACUCGUUUGACAACAGGACUGGGCAGUCAAACCACAUACGAGGCCACCUCAAAAAGCUUGGUAAAAGCUUUGCAUCAAAAAACAAAUCCCCAUUACUUUUACUACGAGAGCUGAUGAGGGACAAGAAGGAGUUCCAGAGGGCCCUUCAGAUUGUGGGAAAGAGACGGAACCAUUUCCACUAUGGUGCUUCUUCUAAGCUGUCCAGUGCUGAUCGUUUCACAUCGCCCCAUACUGGAAUCAUAAAAAGUAAUUCCGAUUCAAGCGUUUGCACUGAAGCCAAACCACUGAUACCCACCUUUUCUUUAGCAGAAAUUGAAUCUGAACAAAGGCAACAGGAGACGAAUUUGGAUGUUAAAAAUUCGUUCUCAGGCACAACUGCCUUGAUAGGAAUUCUAAAGAAAAGGAAGUGUCAGGAAGAUGCCAGACUAAAGGGAUCCUCUCAGAUAUCCAGAAACAUGAUAACAGUUUCUUCAAACAGUGAACACAAUUCAGGAGCAAAAGUUGUAUCUUCACUGCCAAACCAAAUAUCUGAGAAGGGUGAAUUCAACAGGAAGGUGUGCAUCCAUUGCAACGCAACGUUCCACAGUGGUGUUGCAUUGUCAAAUCACCUCCGGGCAUAUGCAAAAAGAAAAAGGAUCGCCUUACUCGAGGGAACCACGAUUGACUGUAAAGCAGUUAGGACACGCUCAAGGCCUGGCUCAAAAAAGAAGACACUGCCCUUAACUCAAACACCAGAGGAAAUGUACAGGCUCACCUGCAGGUUCUGUGACCUGGUCUUCCAAGGUCCCUUGUCAGUUCAGGAGGACUGGAUAAAACAUUUACAAAGACACAUAAUGAACACUAGCGUCCCUCACACUGGGCUAGGCAUGGUAGAGGUCACCUCGUUGCCCACAGACACCCCAACCUUCAAGACUGACCAAGAUGGCUCCUUGACAGUCACACAUGCUGUCUCAUGAGGCCAGUGGGGACCUUUUUAGAUUUCACUAGACUGUAUGUGUAUGUAUAUUCGAUGUUCACUUUUGGGUUUUUUUAGUCAACAAAUUACCGGCCAAAAGUACAAUAUUGCCUGAGAUAUUGUACACAUUUGGACAGAUGAAAAAAUCAAUUAUUUUGGAUAUUGUUACCCUGUCUGUUUUUACAUGGUCCAUUUUUUUGGAAUACAAUUCCAAGUGGACAGACUGUUUUGUUUUAUGCAGUAAUGUAGUGUGGAAUCCAUUUCUAAUGAAGACAACCUUUACCUCAGAUUUCUCAUGGUUUGAGUCAGUUUCUGGGAGCACUUCUCUUCUGUAUCAAUAUUCACAUCAAGUCAUGUUUCCUUUGUAUUGCAACAUGGUCAAAUCAAAACCCACAGUCUCUUUUCAGGCCAGAGUUACUGAGAGAAAUAUUUUGAAUGAAAGUGCAAAACAACAAAAAAAAAAAAAAAAAAAAGAGGAAAAAAUGAAAAAGAAAAAAAAUGUCUGAAAACUUGUCAUGCAUAGAAAGAGUGUUUUAUAGUAUUUCAGUAACUGCAUUGUUUCUAACACAAGAUUUAAACUGAAGGUGGUUGAGGAAGAAAAGAGGUAAAAAAGAGAGAGAGACCUAACACGCACAACCCGUGCUGACCAAGCCCUUCAUACAUGUCACCUAUAUUUAAUGUUUAAAUAUACUGUUUUGAAAUAAUUUAAUUUUAAAUGUACUAUAUCACACAGAUACAAUGCUUAAAACAUUUGUGUUGUUCUAAAUAAAAGACAAAGAAA